ACAUCCUGUUUUAGUGCGCCAUGAUGCCGACGAGACUGCAUCUACUUCUCUGUCUGAUCGGACCUGUGUUUGCCAUAGAAGCCCCUGAUGUAGAUUGCUUGAUUAUCAAUUUGAAAAAUGUUUCCUGUACCUGGAAUAAGAAGGGGACACCAAAGGUCAACUACACCUUCUAUAGUAGUUUCUUCAAUAAGAAAGAAAAAAGCUGCCCACAGUAUUUGACAGAGAACAACAUGAACAUUGGAUGCAUCCAGCCAUGUGAGUCUCACGACAGAUUCAUGACUUUUAACACCAAGCUGGUACAUGGCAAGGAUAGAUUUAAGGAGACACAUGGACUUAAAAACCGAGUCAAGUUAAAUCCACCAACCAACCUGACUGUUCUCAAUGGAUCAGACUUUAACUUGUGGUUUUACUGGAACCACACUUCUCCUGCUCGUCUACAUUGUGUGGAGAGUGAGGUCCGCUUCAGGACAAACAACAAUAACUGGGGGUCCUCUAAAGUUAGCCCCGAGAUACAGAAGUACUGCAUCAACUCGCCCUCGGGAAGUUCCCGAUAUGAGCUGCAAGUGCGGAACAGAAUAGAUGAAGGCUGUGGAUCGUCUGACUUCUGGAGUGAUUGGAGUGAACCUGUGUUCUGGGGAUCCAACAGCAGCAUAGACUCUGACUCAGUGCCUCUGUGGAUGACAUUGCUCUAUGUGGUGGGUGCCAUCACCCUCAUCCUGCUGGUGGUGAUGUUACUGCAACGUGAAAGGCUCAAAAUCAUCCUGAUCCCUGCAGUUCCCAAACCAUCCCCGAUUCUUCAUGACAUUGAGGACUGGUUUCAGCUCUCCAAAGGUCUGAAAGAAAAUUUUAAAGCAAGCUACAAUGAGCAGGUCUGCCCUGUGCGUGAGUACAACUACGUCUCCCAGUCUGACAGCAUGAACUCUGACGACUCCACCUCCUCUGUCAGCACCAACCAAACCCACUGCUCUGUGUCCAUCGAUGUGAACGAUGCAGAAGAUCUGUACGUCCCCUUGUCCUCUUCCAGCUCCCAAGUUCCAUCUGAGGAGGUGCUGCAGGUUUCUGACUAAGCAGGUCGUGAACCAGGGUUAGGUUUGCCUGAGCCAAACUAUCGGGACUUUGUUACACUGAUACAUCUCCUGCUUGGUGACAGUGAUUAUUAGAAGGGUUUACAACAAUUCCCAGUGUGAAGAAACCCAAUAUUUGCUGGAGGUAUUUAAUCAGUUACACCCGAGCUUAGCCUUUUAAAUAAAACCUCAGACUACAGAUUUUAGUUUAAUAAACUUGACCUUAACAUCUCUUUGAAAUCUUUAACCUCACAGAUACAUAGUACUCCAUCUUAAUAAAAGGCUUUUCCUUUUUGUUAAGACAGGUGGUAUAAAGUGCUGACACUCUUGAAAACAUAUUUUAGAUGAUAUGCAUUCUUGAGUAUUAAUCAGGGUGCAGCGAUCAGCUCUCUGCUUCCAUGAUGUAAGUUUUUGAAUUUCCUCAGCAUAUCAAAAAUCAAACUGAUGUUUGCACUACUCCCCCAGAAGAACACAAAUUGUGAAAAAUGCUUCCGUUUGGUGUAUAUCAGUGAUUUUAACUGCAGCACAUUCUACUGUUAAUCAUUCCCAUUAUUUUUAUUUUUUUACAUAAGGUCUUGGAAAACCUUUUAGCUCAUUCGCAAGCACUUAUUUAAGUUGUUGUAUAUUAUUGCAUUGUAUUUAUUGACUUUUAAUGUGUUAGGUUGGAAAAUAAAUCCCAUGAUUUUGGCUA